CCGGAGAGAAAACGGAAACAGCAUGGAGGCUGAUGAGAGAAGGAGGAGAAGAGGUUCUGCUCAAAGCUCUAAAAAAGGUGGAAAAUGCGUCAAAAUACGGACUGCCGAAGAAGAAGCAAGAAGGAGAGAGGAGAUGAAGGAGAGGCUGAGGGAGAGGCUGGAGGUGGAGCGGAGAGCCCUGAAGGUGGUGGAGCGCCUCCUGGAGGACAGCGUGGCUGAAGACUUCCUGGUUGACUGCGCCAAGUUCAUCACUACUGCUAACUACAAAGACGCCGUGGAGGAGCGCUUCAUCGCAAAGUUCUGUGGUUAUCCUGUCUGUCCCAACAAACUGGGCAAGGUGAGCCUCCUCCUGGUUUCUAUGGAGGCAAUUUUGUUCCAUCAUUAUUGGAAGGGGAGCUCUGGUGAGGAGGUGAUGCUGUCAGUGCGCCGCCUCAGGGAGGAGGACAUAGAGGACCCCCAGGCUGCCCCGCCUCCGCCCGUCCCUGCAGGAGGCGAUUUCAGCGACGAGGAGCUGGAGUUUCCCUCCAGUGACGUCUCCCAGCAGCAGAGACCCCGGGUGCACUGGGCCGACCUGCCGGGGGGCGCAGACGGAGACGGGAACCGGGCCGAAUCGCCUCAGAUCCAAAACCCAGAGGAAAACGGGGGCCUGAGAGGAGAGCAGGAAGGGAAGGAGAUCCCCGCUGGGGAAAGCGCUGAGGCGCCACCUGGAGACCAAAGCGUGGAUGAGCUCACUUCAAAGCUGAGUGAGUGCGUUACCAGCGGUAACCAGCGCGGAGAAACGCGGGCUGAAACCGUUUCAGCUGCUUCGUGUACAGGACCUGAACCUUCAGCAGGAAGCAGACGGGCUCCCUGUAACACUGCAGACCCGUCCAACCCGCCUGGGCUCAGCAUCACCCAGGUAGGCAUGAGUCGGAGAGGAGCCGCCGGGCUGCAGGACCUUCUGAGGAAGCACGGCGGGGCGCUCGACCCCGAGUCGGUGCGGCGGAGUCUCCUGGAGUCCCUGAAGAGGACCUUAAAGGACUGGUGCACAGAAGAGACCCUGAGCUUCCUGUAUGGAGCCGACCGGCCGCCGGCCGUCCCGUUCACCGCCCUGAGAGCCACCGAGGAAGAGGAGCUGGAUGAAGACGACCUGGAGGAUGAUGAUGAUGAUGAGGCGGCGGAGCCGAGGAGGCCACCUGGUAGCCACGACUACGAGAAGCUGCGGGAGGAGGCGGAGCAGCUGCAGCUCAGGGUGCGCGAGUUUUAUAAAGGGAGGUGGGUUCUACCUGAGGAGGAGCAGCUGGAGGCGAGGAAGAUCAGCGCACCGGAGGCGGCCUCUAAGGAUCCAGCUUUGCCGCUCAUCGACUCCCACGCUCAGAACCUCAUCCAGAAACGGAUCACGGUGGAGCGGCUCAGCAGCUGCCUCAGAAACAUCGUGGGUCCGGUGGGCCUCACCAUGAGCGACGUCUCCACAGACCUGAACCACCUGGUCAGGACAUUCAGGUUCACCAACUCCAACAUCAUCCAUAAAACCCCUGAGUGGACCCUCAUAGCUGUGGUGCUUCUGCAUCUGUUAUCAGACGUGUCUCCGGUGGUGCAGGAGGCCCUGAAGAUGUCGGCCUCAGUCCAAUAUUUAAACACUCUGAUGGAGGAGCUGGGCCUACAGGAGCAGGACCUUCUGAGUCUAGUUCAGCUCUUUAAACCCACUAAACUGACUCAAAGUGAACAUAAACAGAUGUAGGAUAUAUAUUUUCAAUCUUAUAAAAGAU